AUGACAAUUGCAAGAAAUGGACAAAUAAUUGCGGACGCAGUAAUACAACCGAUAAAAAAAUCAGGUGUAACAGGAUAUGUCAAAUUUAUGCAGAAUAAAGAAAAUGCUCCAACAAUAAUUACGGGGCAAAUAAGAGGACUCUCUCCAGGCAAACACGCUUUUCAUAUUCAUGAACAUGGUGAUUUGAGCAGAGACUGCCUCGCUGCUGGUCCGCCUUAUAAUCCUAUCAACGAAACGCAUGGAGGUCCACUUAAUCGAAUGCGACAUGUCAGCAAUCUUGGUAAUGUAUUUGCCAAUGUCAAUGGAAUCGCCACUAUUUACAUUACUGCACCUCUCAUCCAGCUUCGAGGUCCGAUAUCAGUAAUCGGACGCACUAUUGUUGUGCAUAUGAAUAGCGAUGAUCUUGGAUUAGGCACGACAGAAGCGCAAGCAACAAGUCAAUUAACUGGAAAUGCUGGACAACGCAUUGGUUGUGGUGUUAUAAAGCGGCGAUUCGGCUAUAGAAAUAUGCCUCAUUGA